UUUAUUCCUAGUUAAAUUAGUGCUGCUCUAAUUUUUAUAAAAAAGUUUAAAAAUGACAACAAUUUACUGAAUUUGAAUUGACAUAUCAAAAACAUAGUAGCAAUGGCCAGCCGAAAAUUAAUCUAUUCUCCUUGUUCAAAGGAGAACUUUGAUAUUAGUUGCAAAGAUUCUAUAAAUAGGGCUGAUGGUAUCAAUAAACAAAAUAAUAUAGUUAUUAGAACAUCACUGGAAACUCAAAAAACACCAAAGACACUGAAAACACAAAAUAUUAGUGAUUCUGCAGUUAGUAAUUACAAAUACAGUAAUCGUACACCGCAACGUUUAAAGACACCUAGAUCAAUGAGUGCAAUUCCUUCUGCCAUUACUCCACUAAAUAAUCAUUAUUCAAGUAAUUCAACACCUUCAAGUACUCCCUCAAGAUUGCGCUGCAAAAAUGUGAAUUCUUUAAUGCAAACGCCAGAAUGCUUUAAUCAAGUUGUGAUGGAAACCCCAAAUAGCAUGAAAAGUUCUCAAAAAAGUAGCAACACCGUAGAUGAAAUAAGUAAUCUUACAGUGGCAGUAAGAGUCCGCCCUAUGAAUACAAAAGAAUUAAACACUGUUUCCAUUACUAAUAUAGUAAUGGUAGAUGAAGAUGAAGUAACAGUAUUGGGCGGAAACACAGCUGAUUCUUUAGGAGGAGUUAGUCACAGUUUUCAGUAUGAUCAAGCGUAUUGGUCUUGCGAUCCAGAGCACCCGUUUUAUGCAGAUCAGCAUACUAUUUUUAAUGUAGCUAUGCCUUUGAUUGACAAAAUCUUUGAAGGUUACAAUGCUUGUCUUUUUGCAUACGGUCAGACAGGAUCAGGUAAAACUUACAGCAUGAUGGGUAUUGAUACAGGCGCUGAAGAUUAUGAUGUAAAUAGUAGUGCAAGUGAAGCAGGCAUCAUACCACGUUUUUGCCAUGAGCUAUUUUCUAGAAUAGAAAGAUUAGAUAAAAAUGUUAAUGCAACUGUAGAAGUCAGUUAUUUUGAAAUAUACAAUGAAAAAAUACAUGAUCUUUUAUCACUGAAUAUGGCUAGCAAUGGUCAUAGAGCACCUCUUAAAGUAAGAGAACAUCCAGAACUCGGCCCAUAUGUGGUAGAUCUAAGUAUGCAAGCUGUGAAUAGUCAUAUUGACCUUCGAAAGUGGUUAGCUGUUGGUAACAGUCGCAGAGCUACUGCAGCCACUGGAAUGAAUGAUAAAUCUUCAAGAAGUCACAGUAUUUUUAGUGUUGUGUUAAAUAUAUCAGGGCCUGAAGAAAAUCAAGGAAUCCGUAGUAAAAUCAGUCUUGUAGAUUUAGCAGGAAGUGAGAGACUAAGUCAUACAUGUGCAAGCGGUGAAAGACUCAAAGAAGGAGUUAGUAUCAAUAAGUCUUUAUUAACACUGGGGAAGGUUAUAGCGGCACUAGCUGAUUGUCGCAAAAGUGGAGUAUUUGUGCCGUAUAGAGAAUCUGUUCUUACUUGGCUGUUAAGGGAAAAUCUCGGUGGAAAUUCUCGAACUUGCAUGCUGGCUACUAUCUCACCAGCCAGCCGGCAUCUGGACGAAACUCUAUCCACCCUGAGAUACGCGUGCCAGGCCCGAACCAUUGUCAAUAGGGUGAGGGUCAAUGAAGACCCACAUGAUAGGCUUAUACGAGAAUUGAGAUGCGAGGUGGAAAGAUUGCGCGCUCUUCGCCAGGACUACGAGCGACGGGAGCGCCGAUCUGAUGCUAUAGCAUCAGCUCCUACAAAAAUUGUGAUAGAGACCGGUAGCGGCGUUUCUCCGUCGGAAGUGCAGUCCUUAAGGCGAAAAUUGGCUUUAUCCGAACAGCAGCUUAGAGAUGCCCAAAAAACGUGGAAUGAAAGACUCCAGGAGGCAGCGGCAUGCCAGGAGAGUGAAAUGCGCCUGUUGCGCCGACAUGGAUUGGCGUUGGUGUUAUCGGAAGAUCAGCAACAGCCUUGUUUAGUCAAUUUAUCGGCAGACCCUAUGUUAUCAGGAACCUUAUUGUAUCUUUUGCCACCAGGAACUCUACGUAUAGGAAGGGCUCUGAAUAUUACAGAUGAAUUAGGAGCGUUUCGAAAACCGCCUGAUAUUGCACUAGAUAGCCCUUUAGUAGCAUAUGAACAUUGUUUAAUAGAGAAUGUCGGUAACCAGUUAACUUUGCACGUAACUGAUCCAAAUGCAGAAACGUUUGUCAACGGCCAAGUUGUCUUUGGAAGUAUUCCUUUGAAACAUUGUGAUCGACUCGUUAUUGGCGGCAGCCAAUAUUUUAGAAUCAGCAACCCAUAUGAUCCCACAUUCAUUGACAUCAAACCUAAACCAAAUGAAGUGAUAGGUUUUGAGGAAGCACAUCAAGAAGUUAUGAAGGCACAAGAAAUGUGUCUUAGAAACGAAUUGCAAAAAGAAAAAGAAAAAGCAAUCGCUGAGCUAGAAGCUCAGAAUUUAUUAGCUGAACGUCGUCAUCAAGUAGAACUACAGCAAUUAGGAAGUUGUUUAAAAUUAGCAGAACAGAGACGUGAUGAAUUGGAGUCACAAACGCAAACACAAUCGAAUAAAGCUGUUGAUGAUAGUUUUGGAAAAAUUUUACCUUACAAAUCAACAUUUUUGGAUGAUUUAGCAAAAAUUUUAGGAGAAGAAACGCCCACAAAGCAUAGUUUACAUGAAAUGCAUUUACUUACGCGAGAAGCCACGCAAAGAUGUCGCGAUAGCGGCCUUAAUAUUGAAUUUAAACAAACCCAAGUAAUAGGUCCAAAUGGAUCAUUGCCAAUGGUAACUCUUCAAGAUAAAGAUCGCCAUUUAAUCAUGGAUUGGGCACCUGCUAGAUUAAAAUGUUGGUUGCAAAGACUAAGAGAUCAUGAAACUGAUCCUCAUGAACUUUUAGAUUCGGAUAUAUCCUGGAGAGAAAAUGACAAUGACAUAAGCACAGAUGCAUUAAAUUCUAGUCGUAUAUCAUUAAAUAUUAGUUUAUUAAAGAAUAAUUUUAUUUCGAGCACACCAGAUAAACUCAAAUUUGAGAAAAGUGCUUCUGAAUAUUUAAAUAUUAUUGAGACAAAUGCAAAUUUAUUGCAGUCAUUAGCACAUGAGCAGGCCAGUCGAAGAGUUAGUGGAACUGUAACACAAAGUGUUGAACAAAUAAUAAUGCUUAUAGAAAAUUUGAAGGCUGAAAUAUGCCCAAAACCGACCAAUAGGACUGCCAAAACAGUUCGUUUUUUGUUAGAUUGAAUGAAGUAGUGUAGUGUAAAUAAUGAUAUAGUGAAUCAUGAAGACAAUGUAAAAA